AUGUGCAAAAUCCCUGUCAUUGCAACAGCAGUAGCCAAAAGGGAAAGCCAAGGGGAAAGUCAUGUAACUGGCGAUUGGGAAAGCGUAGACUUGGAGAAAUCAUGGAAAGUUGAAUGGGAUCCAGAACGGGUCCAGCAUGGAAAAAUUCAGAAUCUUAAUGAUUCUAGCCCCUUUGUUCACAGACAGCACAGGUCUGGACUUCAUGAUACAACUGGAUAUGGUCAAAUUGGAAAAUUUAGUGGUCCUCUGAAACCAAUGACAUUUCAAAUCUCCGAAGGCCAAGAAGCAAAUCAAAUCAUAUUCCAGUUUAAGGCCAAUCAUCCUGCUGUGGAUUUCAAAGUAACUGGGGAUACAGAUGGAAUAUUUCAGAUUCAAUCAGAUGGACUUCUGUACUGCACUAAACCCCUGGACAGAGAAACAAGAGCUGUACACAUACUACAGGUCUCAGCUGUUAAUGAUCAAGGAGUUACAGUUGAGGGUCCAGUCGCCAUCACCAUAGAAGUGAAAGACAUCAAUGACAACAGGCCUCAGUUUCUUCAGUCACAGUAUGAAGGCACAGUAAGACAGAAUUCUCGUCCAGGAAUACCUUUCAUGUUUGUCAAUGCUACCGAUCUGGAUGAUCCAGCCACUCCCAAUGGCCAACUUUUUUAUCAUAUUCUUCUCCAGCUUCCCAAGGUUGGUGAAGUCAUGUAUUUUCAGAUCGACAACAAAACAGGGGAGAUUUCACUUACUAAAGAAGGAUGUCAGGAAUUGGAUCCCAGUAAGAAUCCUGCUUAUAAUCUGGUAGUCUUAGUGAAGGACAUGGGAGACCAGAAAGAAAAUUCCUUCAGUGACACCACAUCUGUGGAUAUUAUUGUGUUGGAGAAUAUUUGGAAGGAGCCAGCACCAGUGGUUAUUGUAGAAAACUCAACAGAUCCACAUCCCAUAAAGAUUACUCAGGUACAAUGGAAUGAUCCAGGCGCACGUUAUUCCUUAGAAGAAAAGGGAAAGCUGCCACGAUUCCCAUUUUCAAUUGACCAGAAUGGAGAUAUUUAUGUGACUGAACCCUUGGACCGAGAAGAAAAGGAUUCAUAUGUUUUUUAUGCAGUUGCAAAGGAUGAGCUUGGAAAAUCUCUUGACAAGCCUCUUGAAAUCAAAGUGAAAGUUGAGGACAUAAAUGAUAAUCCUCCUUCUUGUCCACCUACGGAGACUGUAUUUGAGAUCCAGGAGAAUGAAAAUAUAGGAAAUGAUAUUGGGAGAAUUGUUGCUUAUGACCUGGAUGAAGCAAACACUGUCAAUAGUAUUUUAAAAUACAGACUUGUGGAUCAAACCCCCAAGUAUCCCAGAGAAGAUCUCUUCUUGGUCCAGGCCUACACAGGAGUGUUCCAGUUAGCUAAGAUGUCAUUGAAAAAGCAAGACUCUCCACAGUAUAAUUUGACAGUAGAGGUAUCUGACAAAGAUUUCACAACUCUCUGUCAUGUGCAAAUCAACCUUAUUGAUAUCAAUGAUCAGAUCCCCAUCUUUGAAAAGUCAGAUUAUGGAAACCUAACUCUCUCCGAAGAUACACCCAUUGGAUCCACCAUCUUAUUCAUCCAAGCCAUUGACGCUGAUGAACCGUUUACUGGAAGUUCUAAGAUCCUGUAUCGAAUUAUAGAGGGAGACAAUGAGGGGAGACUGGAAGUUGAGACAGAUUUACAAACAAACAUUGGCUCUGUCAUACUUAAAAAGCCUCUUGAUUUUGAAACAACACCCGUUCACAACAUUGUGUUCAAAGCAGAGAAUCCAGAGCCACUGGUGUCCGGUGUACAAUACAAUGACAGUUCCUUUGCCACAUUCCAACUUAUUGUGGCCAACGUUAAUGAAGCGCCUCGAUUUACCCAACACGUAUUUCAAGCAAGAGUCAGGGAGGAUGUGGCUAUAAACACUGUAGUAGGCAACGUGACUGCAUGGGAUCCGGAAGGCCAGGACAUAAGUUAUUCACUGAGAGGUAACAAACGAGGAUGGCUUAAAAUAGACCCUGUGACUGGCGAGAUUUUUAGUGCAGCUCGGUUGGACAGGGAAACUGAGGAAGUAUAUCGGGUACAGGUGGUGGCAACUGAAACAGGUGGCUCUGUCUUGAGCACUACAGCGGAGUUCAACCUGGCACUUACGGAUGUGAACGACAAUGCCCCACGCUUAGCCAAGGAGUACACAGGCUUGUUCUUGUGCCAUCCCCUCAGUGCUCCUGGGAGUCUCAUCUUUGAGGCCACUGAUGAUGAUUUGCAGCCACCUCAGGGCCCGCAGUUUACAUUUUCCCUGGGCAGUGAAUCCUUGAAAAACAGCUGGCAAGUUUCCAAUGUCAACGGAACACAUGCCAGUAUCUCCACCAAGCAUAGGAACUUUGAAGAGAAAGUUUAUAAUGUUCCAAUACGCAUCAAUGAUAAUGGUCAACCACCUUUGGAAAAUACUGUCUAUUUACCAAUUACUUUCUGCAAGUGUGAAUCUGGAAGUUGUUACCGACCUGCAGGCCAACAACCUGGAAUACCCACUGUGGGUAUGGCUGUUGGUAUACUCCUAACCGUAUUUUUGAUUAUUGGUAUAAUUUUAGCAGUUGUGUUUUGCCGAAUGAAGAAGAAUAAAGAUAACUUUAAUGUUGAAAAUGCAGAAGCAGCUGAAGCCAAACCUUUGAGAAAAUGA